AUGGCUAACGGAUAUCGGUCAAAUCAGGAGACUUUCUCUCGCCGCUCUUGGUCGAGUUCGGAUUCAUUCCCUCAAGAGAUGUCUUUGACAUCCCCAGUCGACCAGUAUGGCAACAAGGUGGGCGGAAGUGGAUACGGGAGCAGCGGGCAAUCCGAUAGCGGAAAGAGCCCGUUGUCGAUGAGUUUGGGAUUCUUAAAGAACUUGACCGAAAAGAAGAACACCCGUGUUGACGGUCAGCCCCCUAAGAGGAGAGGACCAAAGCCGGACAGCAAGCCUGCCUUGACAAGACGGCAAGAGCUGAAUCGGCAAGCCCAGCGCACCCAUCGUGAGCGAAAAGAAUUAUAUAUCAAAGCUCUGGAACAAGAAGUCCUUCGCUUGAAGGAAAACUUCACCAUGGUUUCUCAAAGCAAAGAAUCACUUGCUGAAGAGAACCGCCAACUGAAGCUACUCCUUGCUCAACAUGGCAUUCCUUGGAGCGGAUCCGGAGGUGUCGACGAGUUGAAUCUCCAGGGUGGCGCUGCCUAUACUUCCAGCGGCAGUAUAUCAGGGAGCUAUGCCCCCGGAUCACAAGGCUACAGUCCUCCCCCGCAAACUUUCCCGGCAAACAGCAAUUUGCAAAAUCCAAAUGCAUCUUCCCUAGGCGCCAUGAACGGGAUGAACGGCCGUAGCGUGGCUCAACAGCAAGUCCAACAAGGGGUGGAUUAUGAUCAAGCGGGCAUUGAUUUCGUCUUAACGCUCGAGCGACCUUGUAUGGACCAUUUGUCAAUCCUCGUCGCAAAGGCCCAUGAGCAUGAGGAUCUGUUUUCCGGUCAUGCUCUCAUGGCGUCGUGCCCUCCGGCGCCAGAAGUCAAACUUGAAGUUCCAUUUGGACACGGUCCGGGAAAUCGGAAUGGAGACGCACAGAAGACGUGGGACCUUUCGAAAGGAGAUCUAGCGAACUUGCUUGAUUUGAGCAAAAGACUUGACCUUGACGGUGAGAUCACUCCGGUAAUGGCUUGGGGGAUGAUCUUAGGCCAUCCCCGGUUUUCUGAAUUGAGACUCGAAGAUUUUGAGAAGAUAUCCCAGGGACUUCGGGGCAAGAUCAGGUGUUAUGGAUUUGGCGCGGUGUUGGAGGAGUUUGAGGUACGAGACGCGCUAGCAAACGCCUUGGAUAACCAGGCGGAAAUGGAGAUGGUGUUUUAA